AUGCUUUCAACAUUACAAAUUCAUAUUUACAAGUUAAUAAUACAUCAUUAUACUCAUUUUAAGCGGUAAAACCCUAGGGGAGACUUUGGUUUAUAAAUAUGUUAGAAACUGAUUGAAAACAUAAACAAGCCAGGUUAAAUUAGCUUUUGUCAGCUGUGUUGACAACUCUGUUGUUAGCCCGCGCUAUCUCAGCUGUACUGUACACUGAAAAUUCGCCUUCUAUCUCUGAUUGUGUUUUGUAGUUUCAUCCAGGUUCAACAACAAUAAUUGCAGAACAUCGGAUUUCCCAAUAGGAAAACUGCCUACUUCAAUUAAAACAUGUCUAAACGAGAGGCAUUUUUCGAUUCGGUCUGCAAAGAAAAUGUGGAUGACUUUCUCAAGUUCACCAAACUUCAUAAUGAUGCUACGGAACCCUUCGACCUCGAUGAGGUGGUUCAAGAAGUGUCAAAGAAACAGCGAGAAGCUCUGUGGAACAGACUGGCCACACUGCUGCGUGGAGCGAUGGAAGAUUUCCCCCCGGAUCGCUGGAACGCAGAGGACAGGGAUGAUGCCAUGGAAGUGGAGGUCCCCCCAGAUUUGGAACACACUAUGGAGGUCCUAGGUGGGGUGACACUGGUGGUCAUGGCCUCUGUGGCCGUCAUACAGGACGGAGACGCAUACAACUCCCUCCUGCAGUGUGCCACCAUACUAAACGGCCUCCUGACCUCCUUGCCGGCGUCCCAGGUGCCCCUGCAGCAGGCGGUCUUCCGUUUGUGCGAGGCCUGGUGGAAGAAAGGCCUCCUGGGGAAGGAGGAGCUGGGGCGCACCGCCUUCCUGAUGUGCCUGGAGAAGAGCUUCAUGCUCAAGAAACCAGGCGCUGAGAUCCAGAGGAUGUGGGCCCUUCAUGAGGUGCUGCUCAGUGUCCACUUCCAAUCUGAGGACAGCGAGGACAUGAUGGACCUGCUCCUCCGCUGUUUUCUUAGUGGCAAUCACAUCAAACACGACGACGGAAAGCGUCUCAUGGUGUUCCUCUUUGGCCGGAAUGUCAGCUUCAUUAGGAUGAUCCACGGAACCAUCAAGAACCAGCUCCAGUUCUUUACCAAGACCCUGACAGACCACAUAGCCGAGAUCUACUUCAGGGCGUGGAAGAAGGCGUCAGGGGAGGCUCUGGAGGAGAUGGAGACCGCCUGCAUCCAGGACUUCAUGCAGCACGCCAUCCUGCUACACAGGAACACACCUGUCCACCCCAGAGUUCGCCAGAUACUGAGCUACUUUCACAAGAGGAAGGGACAUCACAACCUGGAUGAGAUGCUCCACAGACUCUACAAACCCAUUCUCUGGAGAGCUCUGACUGCUGCUAACUCAGAGGUGAGGGCCAACGCUACUCUGCUCUUCACUGAGGCCUUCCCUGUCCAUGACCCCAGUCAGAGCAGCGAGAAGAUGGAUGAGACCGUUCAGAAACAACUGGAUGCUCUGGUGUGUCUGCUGGAGGACCCCCAGCCCAUGGUGCGCUCCACAGCAACCCUGGGGGUGUGUAAGAUCCUGGCCAAGUGCUGGGAGGUCAUCCCCCCCACCAUCAUCACUGACUUCCUGAAGAAGCUGGUGGUGGAGCUGGCCUCGGACUGCAGCUCCCCAGACGUCCGCUGCUCUGUCUUCAAGUGCCUGCCCAUCGUCCUGGACAACAGCCUGAGCCACCCUCUGCUGGAACAGCUCCUUCCUGUCCUCAAGUACGGCCUCCACGACAGCUCCGAUAAGGUCCGCGUGGCCUUCCUCGAUAUGCUGCUCAAGAUCAAGGCUGUGCGAGCUGCCAAGUUCUGGAAGGUGUGCUCCAUGGAGCACCUGUUGGCCCGCCUGGCCGUCGACUCUCAGCCAAUCUCCAAGAGGAUUGUCAGCCUCCUUUUCAACUCCUUCUUCCCCGUCAACCAAUCAGAAGAGGUGUGGUGCGAGCGCUGUGUCACCCUCAUCCAGAUGAACCCCAAGGCUGCCAGGAAGUUCUACCAGUACGCCCACUUAUACACAGCCCCCACUAACAUAGCCAAGCUGAUGCUGACCAUCCGCCGCUGCCUGAACGCCUGCAUCCAGAACACAGCAGAGCUGAACGAGACCCGCUCCAGCAACAAGGAGAACGCCAGCGUUUUGGAGGACGUGCUGUCGGUGAGUGACACUGCGUCCAUGGCCAGCCUGCUGGAGGUGGUGGUCAUCCUCUGGAGAAGCAUCCGGAAGGCUCUGGAGCAUAACAAGGACGCCCUGCAGUACACCGUCUCCAAGUUCGGCGCUGUGAUUCCCAAGUACUUCAACACCUUCCAGGAGGAGCGCUGCACAGUGCCUCUCAUACUGCUGGCCUCCCUGCUGCCUCCAGCAUCAGUCCCCACUUUCAGUGUGGGCGUGCUGUCCAGGCUGAGGAACAUGGAGCCGGGGGCGCAGCAGAGCCAGUACAGCCAGGUGAUAGACUGCCUCUGUAGCUGGGGCCAGGCCUCCGACACCCUGGAGCUCAUCACACACUGGCUCACGGAGGCCCUGCCCAAGACAGCCAGCAAGGGGAAUGCCAGCCGCAAGGUGCGCAUCACGGAGCCUGUGGAGGCCAAGCCAGACCUGGGGCUAAAUUACCUGGAGUAUUUGGUCGGACGCGCCGCGACAAGGGACAGCAUCCUGCCCCUCGGGCAGGGCCCCCUGAAGCAGCUCCACAAGGCUCUGGGCGCCUGGAGGUCUGUGUUGUACUCCCACCUGAGCUCCCCUGAGAGCGAGGCCAGUGUUCCCAGUGCUGAGACAGCUCUGAGGGCCUUCACCAUGCACGGCCGUCUCAGCGUCCAUCUGCAGCAUGCAGUCUCGGAGGGUCGCGACCUUCUGGCGUCCCUGGAGAACAUGGCGGCGUGGGUGGCAGAACGGGUGUUGCCCUUCCUGGUCCGGCCCGGGGAGGCGGGGCCCGCCGAGGGGCAGCUGGAACUGGCCGGCCGGGUGGUGGAGAGCUUCCUGACGGUGUGCAGAGACAUGAUUCGAGUGGGCCUGGGAGACGAAGAGUUCAAGGGUCACCUUCUCCACCUGUGCUCCCUGGUGCUGCUCUCUGAAAAGGGCUACCGUUGCGUUCCCUUGCUGGUGUCCGUGCUGACGGAGGUGGCAGAGAACUACGUCCCCCAGGAUGCCCUGGGCCAGGAGGAGCAGGAAGUGGGGCAGCAGGAUGGCCAGUCCCCGGUAAUCCUGGGGGUGGUGGCCAACGUCUUCCAGAAGGUUCUGGAGGUGUUAGCUCGUCGGAUGAGGAAGGAGCCAGAGGAGGGUCAGGAACUGUGCCUGGCAGCUCUGCCCAGUCUGGGGGCGUUCCUGCAGGUGGUGACAGCCUGGGGAGGUGGGACCUCCAAUCCCCUCAGCGGGGUGUUCUCCACCAUCUCUGCCGCCGUGAUCGUGGAGAGCAGACACAUGCUACAGAAGAUCUCUCAUGCACAGGAGGUCACCAGACCAGAGUCAGUGGACAACCUCCCCCCCCUCUCCAGCACUCUGCUGACUGUUGUCCUCAAGUCCCCCCCUGUCACCAGGGCCUUCCUGUCGGAGGUCAAGUCGUCUGUGGACUCGGAGGCCAUCGACUGUCUGACAGGAUUGGCUGCUGUCCUUAACAUCCUGGCUAUUAUCAGACAGGAGGGUAAGGCCAGAGGUGAGACGAAAGCUACGGCCGUGUCUGUCCAGCUGCAGCUGCAGAAACACUCGUCUGUCACAGCAGAGGAGGAGGGACACGCCCAGAGGGUCAUUUAUGAAUCUGCUAUCAAAUCUGUGAAUGAGAUUCUCAUGGUAUAAUAAUUCUUUAGCACCGAACUAUAAUCCAACUAAUGUGUCAGGUCGUCCCUGCCUAAACAUCUUGUCCACGGUCAGGAACAUGGUGCCCCUUGCAUGGUGGAUUGUUUUUGUACCUGUAUAACUACUACCAUAUUGUUGAUUACCCCUUACAGAUGUAUGCCUUUUUAUAUGUUUCUGUUUUUUUCUCGGGAAAUCAGAGUGACAGCUAUUUUACCCAGCUCAUGAUAUAACAGGGUAAUUAGUUUUAUCCUAUUUAUGUAUGUAUUAUACUGUAUAUGUAUUGUAUCACUGUGUUUCAAGACAACUUGAGGUGUCAUGCUUGCUGUGGAAAGCAAGUUAAUAAAAAUUUGCA